AUGACACAGCUCUCGCUAAAGGAACAGCUCCGCAAUGCAUUUCCAGGACGGGCAAGGCAGAUCGAUCAGAUCCUCGGUUUCAUGGGAAAGCCAUGGGCUCCUACCCCGCCCGCGUUAUUGAUCAAUGGAAACUCAUCCCUAGGAAAGACAGCUGUUAUUAGAGCAACUCUUUCCACCAUGCUCGGGAGCACAAGUCCCAGUCGCUUUGCGUUUCUCGACUGCGUAGAAUGUCAUACCCCCCGCCUGAUCUUUGAGCACGCCAUCUAUCAGUUUCGCAACGCUCCUCAGCACUUCCCAAUGCCUUCGCUACUAGCAAAGGAUGCAGAUGAUACCAAGGACGGCAGUGCACACAUGGACAAUCUCUCCAGCACACGCACAAAAAACACCACGAUGUUAAAUAAAGAGCCGCGGAAAAGGAAAAGGAGAUCAUCUCAGGAAGACACUCCGUGGGACAAAUGCGAGAACAUCAACGAGUUUGUAGAAUGGUGUCGGAAGAUUUGCGACGAGGACAAUGGGCAGGGCCCGCAUAAUCGACGACAGGAUACCCGGUACCUUGUCCUCGACAGAGCAGAGCGGCUCCGCGAUACUGCCCCGAACCUGAUCCCGGUCCUCAUGCGGCUGCAGGAACUUACCAGCCGCAACAUCUGUGUCAUCCUGAUCACAACAAUCGUCUGGGAAAAAUUCCGGUCAAAGACAGGAGGAUACGAGCCCAUCAUCCUGAACUUUCCACAAUACUCAAAAGAUAUGUUCGUUGUCCUAGUCUUUACAGGGACUACCCCUUAUGCUCCUCGGCUGAUGUUUACAAUUGCUAUCCUGGAGCGAGACUUGCCUACAGGCGAAGACAAAGACCUUUACAUGAGAUUCCUCGAGCUCGUCUAUGAUGUCUUUCAGCGUAAUUGCAAAGAUCUCAAUGAGAUUCGACACCUGGUCGCGCUCCUCUUUCCGCUCUACGUCAAGCCAGUGAAAGAAGGGAGAAUCCAAAAACACGAGGGAUUGAAGCUUCAUCGACACAUCCAGGCAUAUUUUGUUGAGGCUAUGGACAAGCUGUAUUUGCGAGAAAUCUCAAGCACAGAGUGGUCGGACCGUGCCCUUGUACCAGCUCCAGGAUCUUUACACAGCAAACAUGACCGAUCAGGCGCUCUAGGAGGCGGCAUCGGAGAUACCUCGGUUAUCCGAUCCGUAAUAGGCUCCACAGGAAGUGAACGGGCGCUGAUGAGCGCUGUCGAUGUCCAGAAUACAUUCGAUCUGCCAUACUUUACAAAGUUCAUCCUCAUCGCGUCCUUCCUGGCGUCGUACAAUCCGCCCCGACUGGACAUGCGUUACUUUGCCAAAGUCUCAAAUCAAGGCGGCAAAAUGACCAAGCGCGCCAAAGUAUCGGCAUCCAAGAGGCAUGGACAUGAUCAGAUGGGAUCCAAACUGCGACAGCAAUUGCUCGGCCCCAAGACAUUUCCGAUAGAGCGGAUGUUGGCCAUCUUCUACAGUAUUCUGGACGAGGAAGUCGAGGAAAACGUGAAUGUUCACACACAGAUCGCUUCUCUUGUUUCGCUGCGGCUCCUCCAGCGGGUUACGCCCAUGGACAAGCUGGAUUCAAUCAAAUGCAAGUGCAAUGUCAGCUAUGAUAUGAUCAAGGCUCUGGCCAAGAGCACCAAGUUCGAUAUCGACAAGUACCUGUACAACUUUACAUAA